UGCCAAAACGCGGCGCGCGCGGCUCACUACGAGCCCGGACCGAUGCGGCAGCAGUCGGCGCCAUUCUGCCCGCUGCUCGCUGUCACAGCCCAUCGCUGGCGCGCGGCGCGGUGCGGCUGACUUUGAGGGGCCAAACUCGCUGAGCUCCCUUCGCCGCCGCGCGCGCCCGUCUCCGGCCGCCGCGCGGCGCGCGCGAGCAUCUGAAAGAUGGCCGAGCUCCUCCGCCCGGACCGCUACCCCACGCACUGCAGUGCGUGUCGAAGCGCCAACGUCAUAGUCGACCAACAGGCGGGCGACGUGGUCUGCCGGUCCUGCGGCACCGUGCUCCAGGACCGAUUGGAGGUAGACGACUCCUGCACGAGGCUCGAGAAUACCGGUGGAGACGUGACGCGGCACCGGAGCUACCACUUCACGGCGGAAGUGGAAGGAGACGUCGACGUCGAGGCUCUGGAUUCCGAGCGGAAGCGCAAGCGUUUUGAAGAUCAAUCCCAGUGGGGGCGCAACGCCGGGCCGAGCGCGACGCUGGAGCAGUUAAGAGCCGCCGAAAGUCGUAGGAGGCGGCGCGUGGCCGAGGCGCAAUCGUCUAUGGACGCGCUGAGCGAUCGACUGCGGCUCCCGGACCACGUAAGGGCGCGAGCUAGGUCGCUGCUCCACGACCAGGCGGCUCCAAGUGAAGGGUUGAAGGCGGCGGCGUCCGCGGCCCGGGGCGUUACGCAACCGGGCCGCGCGAGCGCCUCACAAGCCUGCGCUUUGGUUGUCUGGGCCGCCCGGUCGUCCUCCUACCCGCUGCAUCCUGAUGACGUCUCACGAGCUUGCCUCGUAGACAUCGACGCCAGGGCCAUCCAACGGGCGACGAGCGCCCUCGUCGAGGCCUGCGGCCAGCGUUUGGUGAACGACGACGCGGGCCGCGCGUGCCAAUUCGUGGCCGUCCUCGGCGACCGCUUGGCUCGCAACCGGGAGAGCACCUUCGCGCUGGCGCCCUGUGAUCAGUCUAGAGCCGCCGCGUUCGCGGGAGUACUGGAAACGCAUUUCCCCAGGGACGACGCGCGUUGCGUCGCCGCGGCGUCCAUCGCCUGCGUCGCCUUUCGAGAUGCGCCCCAGCUGGCGAAGAGAGGCGCGGCGGCGCAAGCUUGUUUGGCCCUGGCGGCGUGCGUGCCUGGCCUCCAGGCGACGGCCGUGCACGAGGUGUUCGAGCGCGCGCGUAAGGCGGGCCUCGCGCCCCCUCCGAAGGCCGGCAGCGCCCCCUCUUCGCCCCGGCCCGCGGCGAGCGCCCCGGAUCUGCCGCGGAUCGACCCCUACGGGGCGGUCAAGCACGUCUCGCCCGACUCCGUCGUGGCGCUGCACGUCGACAAGCCGCCGGAGAACGUCGAGGCCUCGCCGUUUGAUUUGGGGUCCGUGCUGUCGGACUCGUCCUUCUCUUGACCGGCCUUGCGCCGGCACCUUUAUUUUGUGUGUUCUAACGGGUCUUGCAUCCU